AUUUAUUUUACAAAAAUGCUAAGUAUGAUUAUGUUAUAUGAAAGCACAAAAUUUCUAUGAUUUGAGAGGAGGUGAUAAGAUGGGUACCAAUAAUAGAUAGUUAGAAAGGUAUGAAAAAUUAGAAAAGAUUGGUGAAGGUAAUAUAUAAUUCAAAUGUGUUUAGGAACCUAUGGUGUUGUUUAUAAGGCACGUGAUUCAGUGACUAAAGAAUUAGUAGCACUAAAGAAAAUCAAAUUAGAAAAUGAAGAUGAAGGUGUUCCUUCUACUGCUAUGAGAGAAAUCUCAAUUUUGAAAGAACUUUAACCUCAUCCUAAUAUUGUAGGUUUAAAGGAAGUGAUUUACCAACCAAAUGAGAAAAAGCUCUAUUUAGUUUUUGAGUAUGUAGAGAUGGAUUUUAAGAAAUUCCUUGAUUAAAAUAAACACAAUCUUACAAUCAGUCAAAUUAAAGUAUGAAAAACAUGUUGAAUAAUUAGCAUUUUACAUUCUAAAUUUUGAAUGGUUUGAAUUAUUGUCAUUCUCGACGUAUUAUUCAUAGAGAUCUUAAACCAUAAAACAUAUUGAUUGAUAAAUCAACAGGAAUUAUUAAAUUGGCGGACUUUGGUUUAGCAAGAGCUUUUGGUGUUCCUAUUAAAACCUUAACUCAUGAAGUAGAAACUUUAUGGUACAGAGCACCAGAAAUCUUAUUAUCAUAAAAGUAAUAUUCAUUGGGUGUUGAUAUUUGGUCUGUUGGAUGUAUUUUAACAGAAAUGGUUGAAAAGCAUGGAUUGUUUUGUGGUGAUAGUGAAAUUGAUCAAAUCUUCAAGAUUUUCUAAUAUCAUGGAACCCCAACUGUUUAAGAUUGGCCAAAUAUUGCAGAUUUACCAGACUUUAAACCUACCUUUCCUAGAUUUAGACCAACACCACCUGAAUAGUUUUUUAAGAACUUUGAAAAGGUAUAUCCAUUAAUCUCUAUCUUAUAAUAGAUUGGUUUAGAUUUAGUUACCAAAAUGAUUGCUUUAGAUCCAGCUAAGAGAAUUUAUGUUAAGGAAGCCAUGAAACAUCCUUUCUUUGAUGAUUUAAAUAAGGAAGAUCUUAUCAAAUAUUUUCCUCCAGGAUAAUAAAAUUUGGCUAUGCAGUAUGGAAAAUGAAAUUAAUU